GUCAGAAACACACUCUCUCAGAAACAAGCAUGCUUCGGCGGCUCUCAUGAUCUCUUGCUCCACCCACCAACCCUAAUUCUGCAGCGGCCAGCCAAACCCGAAGGAGAUGGAGGCUGGCGGCGCUAGCACGACUACUACGAGGAAGAGGAAAGCCGCCGCGCUCGAGGGCCAUCCGGCGACGGCGCCGGCAGGGGCGGCGGCCAAUCCCGGAAUGGGCGAAGACGACGGAGGCGGAUCGGGCGAAGAUGGGCAAGAUCUCGACCGCCUCAGCAGCCUCCCCGAUGCGAUCCUCGGUGAGAUAAUUUCCCUCCUCCCCACCAAGCAAGGGGCUCGCACCCGGAUCCUUGCGUCCCGGUGGGGCCACCUCUGGUGCUCUGCACCCCUGAACCUCGACUGCCGUCACCUCGCAUGGCACGAACUCCCUGCUCUCAUGCAUCGCAUCAUUAACGCCCACCAAGGCCACGGCCGCCGCUUCUGCACUCCGGAGCUGUUGUACACCAUAAGCGACAUAGAUGCCGUGGAGGCCUGCCUCCUGUCCCCCGCUCUGGCUAGGCUCGAGGAGCUUAAGCUCAACAGCUGGAGAGGGCUGCCGCUGCCGGAAUUAGUCUUCCGCUUCUCGGACACCCUCCGUGUUUUCCGCAUUGAAAAGUGCAGCCUCCCGGACGCCACCGUCCAAAGAUUUCAU